UGGCGGCGACGAGCACGACCAGCACACGUCGUCUCUCCCGGUCCAACGAGAACAGACGGCGUCGGUGUGCGCAGUGCCUUGCACUGGCGGAAGGCUGGGAACAGGGAUGCUACACAGAGUACACGGAUACAGCUCUGCUCCGGAUCCCCCUUAUACCUGGCUUCCGCAAGCCAUCCCUCCGCUGCCCAUGCCAGCAUCAGGCGCCCCGCCCUACCCUUAUCGCGACAUGCCACCCGCAAACGGCGCCCCGACGCCCCCCGAGCUCCGUCGCAGCGACUCCUCAGACAGCCAGAGGCCUUACGAUGACCGCCAACCACGUGACGUCGUAGAACGGAUUCCGUCUGCACCUCCGGUGGCCACUCUGUCUGCCUCGCCCGCGCCGUCCGUCUCGUCUAUAGACUCGUCGGCUCCCCAGACACGUUCUCCGGCUGCUCAGCCACACCCGCUCCCGUACUCGCACACCCCGCAGUACCCGCAGGACGAUCGGAGCAAUUGGCGUCCCUACGAUGCUCGUGGACACUACGGCGCAUCGCCGUCGUACGCCUACCCCGCGCCGCCGCAUCAAUUUCAUCCUUCCAUCCAGUAUCCUCAUCCGGGACAUUAUCCGCCGCCUGGUGCGCGCCAUUACGCGGUCCAUCAUCAGGGACCGCCAACGUACGGAUCUGGCCAGGGCUACACGCAUCAUCCACCGCAAGACAUCGUCCACACCGACGAUGCCGCCACGAAACUGAGCGACCGGGUACGAAGGAGGUGCUUCAACUGCUGCACCACCGAUACCUCGACCUGGCGUCGCUCGAGCCUUAACCCUGGCAAAGUGUUAUGCAACAAGUGCGGGCUAUUUGAGCGGACGCACUCCCGUCCCCGUCCAGAUCAAUUUCCACACAAGCGAGGUCCACUUGCUUCGUCUGCUGUCAAGGCAAACAAAAGCCCCCCGCCCCCACCUCCUCAGCUGCCGUCCAUCUCGAAUUAUGGCCUGCCACCGAACGCAUCCUCGACGGCUACCCGCCCACUCUCACCCAACCUGCCGUCAUUGCCACCAAUCACCGACCAAAAGUCGGCUCAGAGUCUGGCGGAGCAACGCGAUCUCCCAGCUAUCAAGACUUGGCUCAACUCGCCCGGCGCUAUCGAGAGUGCAUCGAAGCUCGAUGCGGCUGAUGGACAUGGCCGAGAAAGCCCGCGGGAUGGAAACAAGUCCCCCGCCACUACUCGUUCUCCUCAGCAUUCAAAGCCGACGUCGACCUCUAAAAAGUCCGUCAUGGGAAACCGCCAGUCACCUCCACGACCUUCGGAGCAAGCCGUCACUGCUUGAAAUGAGAUGUUGACCUCUUAUUUAUUCGAGCCAGCGGCUCGUGGAGGUUGACCGUGCCCACCUGCUGCUGCUGUCCCGCACGUGUCCCUCGCUUCUCACCGCUCGAUUUGCCCUCUGUUCUUGUUGGUGCGGGAGGGACGACCUGGCGCAGGCUGUCCCGGUUCACGUACUCCGCCCGCUGUCUGUCCUGCUUCGAACUACCCCUGCGCGCAUCUUCGUUGUACAUACAUGAGUUUCUGUCCCUUCUUCGGCAUCGCAGCUAUCUCCUGAUGUAUCCUGGCUCCUUGCUGAAGCAUUUCUCUCACCAGUACCGAAACUGCAUCAAUGUAUCU